AUGAGUUCUGGACAAGGCCAGCGGCCAUUAUCAGAAGUGAGUCCCAUGGCUCAGAGAAGAAAUUCACCGAUCUGGAAUCAAAACAUGAAAGCAACGAAAAACAUUGAGUCGUCGCCUUACGACGCACCCGCUUCACCGCGUCUCUUCUGGCAAGGUCGCGAAUCUGGCUCUCCCUUCCACAGGAACUCGGAGAACCAGGCUCCUUAUGACCCUGAGUCUUCUUUUACUCCAUCAAAGCGGCCCUCGCUCGAGAAUCUGAAGCGCCAGUCGCGCGUCAAGAACAGCCACAUGUUCCGCGACCACAAUCAGGAGUACGACCCAGCCCAGGUUUACGUGCCCCAGAGACCGCUGUCGACGACCAAGUCACCACAGAAGCAAUUGCAGGACGCUCAGCCAUCACCAAGACCCAGCGAUCGAGAUGGUGCCCAGCAAAUUGGUCCCCGACCGCCAUCCCCAAGCAAGGACCAAGUGCCCCCGGCGAAAUCCUCCUUGUCCCGAGCGAGCCGCUUCGGUGUCAAGGAUAUGGGAUUCGACCCCCAGAAUGAAAUCUGGUCGGACUUCGACAGCCGCUACACGAAGAGCGUCACCUUCGAUGCGGCGCCACCUCAGGUAAACGAAUAUGAAAUGACCACGCCGGACCCCUCGUCGAUCGCAUCGGGGUCUCGUGACGGUAGCUACGACUCCGAAGAGGACGAAGCGGACAUCAGUUUCGACCGCGAAUCAUCCAUCGAUCGUGAUGAUAGUUUCGAUGCCUCCUUGGAGGACCUCGAAAAGACGCCGGUCGUGCUGCCCGAGGAUUGGCGUUACAUGAGCCCAUCCAAUGCGAACGAGGGCUUGGUGAAAGAGGACGAAGACCCAUUUACCGAGGACGAUGAGAGUGAGAGUGGCGAUGUGCAGCCAUCAUCCCGCCAGGAGAUGCCGGCAACGCAUUCUCGUGUCGAGUCUAUGGACUCCAACGAAGAGCGUCGGCCUUUGCCGCCCUUGCCCGCUGCAGGUGGGGCAUCAUUCUCCCCGCGGCCUUCGUCACCCGGUAAACUCGCAGCUGCGUUUGAGCGUGGAAGUGGCGGCGGUAGUCAACGAGUCCUCCCCUCACCCCCUGGCCCAGCUACGUACAGCAAGGCAGACAUCACCGAUUUGAGCCACACUUCCAUGUCGCUGGAGGACCGACUGCGAUUGAUGAUGAUCCAGGAGAAGGAACGUGAAGGCCACAGCCGGGAAGAGCCGCCUCAGCACGAGGGCCUUGAUGAGCGACACUCAAACGAGGUGGAGCCCCAGGCAGAUCACGUCGAGAACAAGGACAACGAAAGCAAGCCAGCCGAGAACCAGCCCAAGGAUGAGACUGUGGAGGAUGAGUCGGGGAGAUACUCGCCGCCUCACAUCUCCCGCGAUUCGAUCCUGAGAGAUCUGCGGAAGAGCGAGAGCUUUAUGGACGACUCCUUCGAGACCUCUUCACAGAUCGAGUCCGACAACGAACAAUACAUGCAUUACGAUCCCGACGUUCCGAUUCCGUCGCUUGAACACGAUAACGAAUUUGAUGAUGAUGACGAUGACGACACUAACAGCGUUAUUGUCAAACAAGAAGAGCCCGAAAAUGACCUUUAUGACAUACCCGAUUAUUAUGAGACCGUCCCCUCCAAGGACUCCUCCUUCAAGAGUUUACAGGACAAGCAAGGCCUCGAUGACGAGAGCAAAUACUCGAGCGAGACUGAAGACUAUUUUGGCCAAUCACGCGGAUCGCAAUCCGACGAGGGACAGUCGACCCCCGUCCCAGUGGAACGAAAGGAGGACAACGAGCACAAGACAACGACCGCAGAGCACCAGGAUAUUAUUCCUGAUGACACUGACUCCGCGCCCAAGAUGGCGGCUCUUCGGGAGUCUUUGCAACGACCCAGAACCCCCGAAGAUCAUCACGAUGAUCUAUCGGAACCCUCUACCCCUGACUCUGUUAUCAGACACCCCAUGAGUGGCGACGAGAGCGAUCGCGACGUGUCACCGGCGGACGAAGCUAUCCCCGAUCCUGUCGCAACUGUUAAGGCCCACGGAGCCGGUCUCAAGACGCGGCCGUCAUUAACUCCUGCGGAUAUUGAAUCGAUGGCCGCAACCCGACGCCAAGUUAGCGGCCAACAUCCCCCGCCGAAUCUUCAGAUGAACAAUCAACAGGAUGAAACGGAUUCGACCGAGAAGCCUGCCCCCUCUGACGGAUUCCUUGCCGCUCCCCAACCGCCCAAAGAAGCCACCCAGCGACAGAGCAGUCUGAUGCAGCUCGAUAUCCCAUUCAGUAUCCAGGAGGAAAGCCUUGGAUUUGGUCUAGACAAGGAGUUUGACCGAGUGAUCGAAACCCAAAAGAGAGGCUACCUCAUGCGACAGAACACCAAGAUGAUCAUCGCCAGCAGUCGCCCCGAGGAAGAGCCUGCCCCUACCCCCGCCGAAGGUCCCAGCGAUCCCCGUGCCGCACGAUCCCCCGCGCCCUCGCCCCGCAAAGCCAGCCAGCAGACGUGGACGACAGUCCCAUGGAAUGGUCAGCCCCGGCGUUCCAGCAUUCGAACCUCCUCGAGCGCCAUCCGAAAGAAGCCCGUAUCGGGUCCCGCGCCUCCUCUUCCCGGACAGCAGAGCAACGUGCAAGAGACGCCCGCCACGAUCGAGGAGAGUGAGCCGGCGCUGAAUGGGGCCCUUGAAGAAGGCGAAGAACGUGGUCGUCUCUUUGUCAAGGUUGUUGGCCUGAAGUACCUGGACCUGCCAGUUCCGCGGGGCGAGAGAUCGUACUUCUCCCUUACAUUGGACAACGGGCUGCACUGUGUGACCACAGCCUGGCUCGAACUGGGCAAGUCCGCCCCUAUCGGACAAGAAUUCGAGCUGAUCGUCCAGAACGACCUCGAAUUCCAACUCACUCUGCAGAUGAAGGUUGACGAUGAGCGGUUCCGCACGCCAGAGCCGGCUCCCGCGGCGUCGCCCACCAAGCAAAAAGCGUCGACUUUCAGCCGAGUGUUUGCUUCUCCCCGGAAGCGCAAGGAGCUGGACAUGAAGCAGCAGCUUGCCUCGCAGCAGCAGAAGGGUAAAGAUGUUAACGCCGGCGUGUGGGAUCGGCUGCGAAGUCUGAUUGCCCGUGACGGUAGCUUUGCUCGUGCGUACGUGGCACUCAGUGACCAUGAAAAACAUGCCUUUGGGCGACCGUACACCGUGGACAUCGCUUGUUUCAACGAAUGGGCGGUUGAGGAGCAGCCGAGCAGCGUCAAGAGCAAGAAGAGCACCGCAAGCUCGGCGUCUCAGCGUCGACCCCCUUACAAGAUCGGCAAAUUGGAGCUGCAGCUGUUGUUUGUUCCUCGACCCAAGGGUACCAAGGACGACGACAUGCCCAAGAGCAUGAAUGCUUGCAUCCGGGAGAUGCGGGAUGCCGAGAGCGUGUCGGCUCGCAGCUAUGAAGGAUUCCUUUCCCAGCAGGGAGGAGACUGUCCGUUCUGGCGACGUCGUUUCUUUAAGCUUCAGGGGUCUAAACUCACAGCGUUCCACGAGACCACGCGGCAGCCUCGUGCAACCAUUAACCUGUCCAAGGCUUCCAAGCUUAUCGACGACCGGUCUUCGUUGACCCAGAAGGAGACCAGCACCCGCGGUGGGGGACGCCGCAAAUCCGCCUUCGCCGAAGAGGAGGAGGGAUACAUGUUUGUGGAGGAAGGAUUCCGCAUCCGCUUCGGCAACGGCGAAGUGAUCGACUUCUACGCCGACAGCGCUGCCGAAAAAGACGGAUGGAUGAAGGUGCUGGCGGAUGCAGUCGGCAAAGGAUCCGGUGGCAGCAGCCAGGUGAAGCCGUGGACCGACUUCGUGCUGAAGCAUGAACGCAGCGUCAAGGCCCGGCGGGACACCGGCGACGCUCCGCGCUCGUCUCUGGCCGCUCCGCCGCCGCCGCGCAAGGAUCCCGUGCCGGCGGCGCCUCCGUCGGCCUCGCGCGUACCGGCGCCUCCCGCGUCGUCGCGGCCUCGUCACCGCCACACGCAGUCGCAGCCCGAAGUUCGCAGUGCGGAUGCUCGGCGCAACAAGGCCCGCUCGUUGAUGUUCUAG